UACAGAAAUAUUUUAUUUUGUAAAUAAACAUACAUAAUUACAUAAAGGAAGAUAUUGAUGGAGUAUAAAUAGCAAUUUCAAUUUCCUAUAUAACUGCCUAUAUGAAAUUCGUUUGCCUUGAACGACAAUCUGAAAUCAGGAAAUCAGUAUAAAAUAUAUUAUUUGUUUAAAAAUUGUUUCAAAUUGGAGCCAAAUGUUUCGUAAUAUUCUCUUUGUGAUCACAAUAUGUGCAACAAAUUUAAUUGACACCGCGGUGUCAAAACAGCUUUCAGAAGUAAAUUUGGAAAAUGCAGCCUCACUUUCAAAUAGUUUUCAAAAUCAACAAUUCGCCAUGGAACCGCAGGACCAAACAGCUAUUGUAGGUGCAAGGGUUAUAUUGCCGUGUCGUGUAAUCAACAAACAAGGUGUGUUGCAAUGGACUAAAGAUGAUUUUGGUUUAGGAACAUCUCGUGAUUUAAGUGGUUUUGAACGAUAUUCAAUGAUUGGAAGUGAUGAAGAAGGAGACUAUUCAUUGGAUAUAUAUCCUGUAAUAUUAGAUGAUGAUGCACGAUACCAAUGUCAAGUUAGUCCUGGCCCUCAAGCGCAACCUGCAAUUCGUUCCACUUUUGCUGAACUUAAAGUUUUAGUUCCACCUGAAGCUCCUAAAAUAAUGCAAGGUGAUGUUAUUUAUUCAACAGAGGAUCGAAAGAUUGAUAUAGAGUGUAUAUCUGCAGGUGGAAAGCCAGCAGCUGAGAUAACAUGGAUUGAUGGGUUUGGUAAUGUUUUGACUGAAAACGUUGAAUACACUGUUUCUCAGCUGCCGGACCAACGUCGUUUUACAGCAAAAUCUACUCUGCGGUUAUCUCCAAAGAAAGAACAUCAUAAUACAUAUUUUACUUGUCAAGCUCAAAACACUGCUGAUCGAACAUAUCGUUCCGUUAAAAUACGUGUUGAGGUUAUGUAUUCACCGAAAGUUAAAGUCAGCAUAAUUAAUGGAGUUUCAUCAACUGAUCGAAUACCAGAGUUCUCUCAAGUUCGUUUAGAAUGUAAGGCAGAUGCUAAUCCAAGUGAUAUUCGUUAUCGUUGGUAUAUAAAUGAUGAGCCUAUCAUUGGCGGUCAAAAGACUGAAAUGGUUAUUCGCAAUGUUACGAGGAAGUUUCACGAUGCCAUCGUUAAAUGCGAAGUCCAGAAUAGCAUUGGUAAAAGUGAAGAUAGUGAAACCCUUGAUAUAAGCUAUGCACCGACAUUUAAACUACGACCACAAUCUAUAGAGGCUGAUGUUGGAAAUAUUGUCUCAUUAAUUUGCGAAGUAGACAGCAAUCCUUCUGCAGAUAUUAUCUGGAUUCAGCAUCCAACUGAUCGGGUUGUUGGAUCGAUUUCAAAUUUAACUUUUACUUUAACAAACGAAACUACUGGACGCUACUAUUGUAAAGCAAAUGUUCCAGGCUACUCAGAAAUAUCUUCAGAUGCUUAUGUGUAUCUUAAAAGAUCGCCAAGAAUUUCAUCACCUCACUUUCAAUAUGGCUAUACAGGAGACACUGCAAGAAUAGAAUGUUAUGCUAGUUCUGUACCGAAAGCUCGGCACGUAUCCUGGACAUUUAACGGCCAUGAAAUAAGUACUGAAACUAGUCAAGAUUAUUCAAUAUUAGUUGAUGCAAUUAAUGGGGGAGUAAAAUCAACAUUGAUUAUUAAAGACAGUCAGUCCUAUCAUUACGGUAAAUACAAUUGUACCGUUGUGAACGAUUAUGGAAACGAUGUUGCGGAAAUAGUCUUGCUGGCGCAAAAAAGUGUUCCACUUCUGAUGACAAUUGUGGGUAGUAUUUUUACAGUUGCAAUUCUCUUAAUACUUGCAAUAAUAGUAAUUGUUUAUUUAAAAUGUAAACGAGGAGUCAAACUCCCGCCAGCUGAUGUAAUAAGUGAACAUCAAAUAAACAAAACUGGCAAUAUAUUAUGUAAAAUGGAUGCUGGUGAUCGUUCUUCAAACUAUAGCGACCUGAAGGUUGAUAUUUCUGGUGGUUAUGUGCCUUAUGGUGAUUAUGCUACACAUUACAGCCCACCACCCCAAUACCUCACAACUUGUUCUAUUAAAUCGGAUAAUAGCUCUAUCGCUUUACAAAAUAAUCAUCAGAACCAUUUACAGCAACAGCAACAACAACAGCUACAUCAACAUUUUCAAAAUAUUCCAAUGACAUUUCUCUCAAACAAUGGAGGACUCAACGGAAGUAUAAUUGGUUCACGUGAUGUUAAACAAGAAAAUGGCCUACCUUGUUUGCAAUCGAAUCUGGGUACAGUAAUAAGUUCUGCCCCAAAUGGUAGUAACUUUAAUCCGAAUACUGUUGGCCAAACAAUUCAAGCAAACAGUUUAUCGAUUAACAUUGAUCCCCGUUACAGCGCUAUUUACGGAAAUCCACAUUUAAGAUCAUCAAAUGCAUCUCUUUUGCCACCACCCACGGCGGUUUAACUACAAAAGCAUCAACUUAAACUAGAUUUAACAAUUUUUUCUUGUAAGACUGAUCUCAAUUUCGUUAUAUUGUGUUUGGUAUAAUUGAAAAUGCUAAAGGUUUUUGAUAUUCUCCAAUUUUAAUUUAAAGAUCAAAAUAUAGAAAUAUAUACCAAAAGGUUAUUAUUAUAUUAAAUUUAAAUAUUUUGAAGAAAGUUAAUAUUCAUGAAGCCAU